AUGUCUAUCGCCAUAAUUGUUCUCGCCAUCGCUGGAACAGUAUGGUGCUUCCCUAGUGGAAACUUUGGCCAAGGAAUCGAUGGAGAUGGUCUCGUGCCUGUGGAGGGUGGACCGGGUCCGGUCAUACUUCCAGGAGAUGGAGCGGGCAACGAGGGUGUAUCCAACGAGAGUGGACCAGGGCCGGUUAUACUACCGGGAGAGGAAACAAGCAACAGCAACUCCGUACCUGUUGAAGGUGGACCCGGACCAGUUAUACUUCCAGGAGAGGAGGAAAACAGCGACAACUCUGUUCCUAUGGAAGGUGGACCCGGACCAGUUAUACUUCCAGGAGAGGAGGAAAACAGCGACAACUCUGUUCCUAUGGAAGGUGGACCCGGACCGGUUAUACUACCAGGAGAG